UGGAGACCCAUAAAUUGUAUCCGAUAGUUGUUAGCAACGGUCUCGUUGCGUAGCUAACGUUAUCGAGUACGAGCUCAGCAUUUGUUUAUAUCGUAUCCGUGGGAUUAUUAUUGUAGCUGUAAUACUUCUAAAUGCUGCAACGCCAAAAUGGCGACCAGUAACCCAUCUGUGUUUCUUCUGAUGAUAAACGGGCAAAUAGAAGGCGCAGAUUUUCCCGAAUAUGACGAGCUUUACUGCAAGUACUGUUUCGUGUACGGACACGAUUGGGCACCCACGUCGGGGUUGGAGGAAGGCAUAUCCCAGAUCUCCUCCCGAGGCCGGGACACACGUCAUGGUCUGGUGUGGAACUUCCCCGUGGAGAUCACGUUCAAGAGCACCAACCCAUUUGGCUGUGAGAGCUCCACUUUCCUGGCCCCAGAUCGUGGUCAGCGUGUACGGGCCCGACACCUUUGGGAACGAUGUGGUUCGAGGGUACGGGGCUGUUCACGUCCCUGUUACUCCUGGCAAACACGUGAAAACAAUUCCCAUGUUUGUUCCAGAAUCUACUUCCAGGCUACAAAAAUUCACAAGCUGGCUAAUGGGACGGCGUCCAGAGUUUACAGAUCCCAAGGUUAUAGCCCAGGGUGAAGGAAGAGAAGUCACUAGGGUACACUCCCAGGGCUCCGUCAGCUUCUCCUUCAACAUCGUCACCAAGGACAUGAAGAAGCUAGGCUAUGACGUCGGCCACCCAAGAGAUGUAUGAUGCUGGCCCCCCACACCACCGUGCUACAGGACCAGCCUACCCAUGAUCCAGCUUGUGGGGGGGCAGGGUUUGCUGUGGGAAGAGGAUCAAGUUGUAUAGUCAUUUUUUCCAUAACAUUUGUAUAUUUAUAAUAAAGUACUGUAAGCUAUUG